CGGGUUCCGAGAGUGGGGAGGCCUGGAGGCCAGCCACAGUCCCCUCCGGCAGACCGGCCAGGGAUUAGGAUCAAGCCGGCCACAGCGGGCGCUGCCUCCUGGAAGUUGGUGCUGAAAAGUGAAACCUUGUGACGUCAGCUUGCCACAUCCCUUCUCUCUCUCCUCCCACUCCAUCCCGCCUCCCAUUAAAGGCAAAGAUUUCUAAGUCAAGGCUUUGGAAGCGCCCUCUUCCCUGCUGUUACCCUCCAUCCAGUCAGUUUUCUUGGAUGGCCGGGUAGGAAAGCUCCUUCCUGGCAGCCUUCAAGAAAUGCUGAGGAGGUCUCAGGCUCAGCGAAGUCUUCCUGAAGAUAUUACCAUAUAGACCCACAACCCAUAUGUGCUUUCUUCACCCUUGUCGGAACUGACGUAGGUCGUAAGAGAUGCACAUCCAGUGAUGUGAACUGGGCUCUGUGUGGGCAUAUUUGUACUGCCCAGAGAUUAGCCUCUCUAAGCCAGAGGGUAACCGUUUUCUGGCUGACAGGUUGGGAGCCUCAACUACUGUGUGUGUGCAGGGUACAGAGUUGAGAUGGUUUCAGAAUUAACUGAAAAAUUAGUACCUGUGCUGUGAUAGAUGCUGUCAGUGCCUGCUCAGAACUUUUUGCUAACUCUGCACAUCCAGCUCCCAGCUUCUGCCUGAUUUGCUGUUCAAGACUAGCACCUCCACACACUGGAGCCACCUGGCUGGUAGGGAGAGCCAGAAGUGCGUGGGAUCCAUGUGCCCCUCGACAGCCAGAAGCUAGUGCUAAAAAGCAGGACAAAUUGGAGCGGUUUAUGCUCCAGGGUCCCCUGUGGAUGAGGCUGAGUCUGGGAUAUCACCUGACAUCAGCCAUACUUGGCAGCCUCUUCUUUCAUAUCUGUUUCUCCACACCCUUUACUGGUUUCUCUGGGGAGCACUUUUUGUUUUUUUAAAAAAUCACUUGCUCAGAAUCUGCUUCUGAGGGAACCCAAACUGCCAAACCCACUCAGUAAGCUUUCUAGUUUAUCUCCUCCAAUGGCCCUACUGAUUUGCAACUUUUCAGUGCCCAUAAUUUUCAGCUUCAAAUCACAGUUGAGAUCACUUUAAAGGACUGCCCUCCUGCUCAGCCACCCCAGCGGCUCAGGGUUGGGCGUACUGGAAGGCUCUUUGGGGCAGGAGGAGGGGCCUCUGGUACAUUUUGAUUUAGACUAACCCUGAAACAAAUCUGUAAGGUCACAGACUUUUACCUUAUAUCCUGGUCAAGAAUUUCUGAACCAAGCAGUGCUAGGAAAUGACAAGAACUGCACAAAUGUUUGUUUCUGAAGUCCUCAACUUUCCGUGUCUGAACCUGUCUUGUAAUAAUUCUCUACGGAUCCAACUCCAUCCAUCGUUGCUCUGUGCCUUGGCUGUUAUUUAUGAUGUGCACUCUACACUCAGGAAUAUGAAGGGAGUCGGAAUGAGGCAGGUGAGCGGCAUGGCCAUGGGAAAGCGAGACUGCCCAACGGGGACACGUAUGAAGGGAACUAUGAGCACGGUAAAAGACACGGCCAGGGGAUCUACAAAUUUAAAAAUGGUGCUCGCUACAUCGGAGAAUAUGCCAAAAAUAAAAAGCAUGGUCAUGGCACAUUUAUAUAUCCAGAUGGAUCAAGAUAUGAAGCCCGCUGGCCCUGGAAAGUACGUGUUUGAUGUUGGCUGUGAGCAGCAUGGGGAAUAUCGCUUAACAGAUAUGGAAAGAGGAGAAGAGGAAGAGGAGGAAGAGACAUUGGCAGCCGCUGUUCCAAAAUGGAAGGCUACCAAAAUCACAGAGCUGGCCCUGUGGACACCCACCCUCCCUGAGGAGCAGCCACCUGAGGGUGGACCUGGCCAAGAAGAGGCCCCACGAGCUGAGGGCGCCGGAGAGCCUGCCGAGGAGGCCCAGGCUCUGACGGACAUUUCAGAGGAAGAGACCGACUCAUUGAGGCCCGGAGAGGAAGACGGAGACGCUGCCACAGAGGAGGGCCAUGAGGACGGCGGGGAGGAGUUCCAAUAUGACAACCUAGACCAGGGAAAUGCUAGUUUUGAAGAAGAAGAAACUAGACAAUUAGAUCCACCAGAAUGAGGGUGCAGCCCAACGCUUAGGAGAUUGUAUUGUGCAAAUGCUCCGUUAUGCGGACGUUACUUAAUUCAUUCACAGUAAUCAGUUAUUCAUCUUUUUUUACUUAGUUGUUUGUUAAAAUGGUUUACAAUUGCAAAUAAAUUUCCUCCUUAUCUUUAGUUUAUGAGACAA